UUCAUACUUCUGCUGUACACACAUCAAGCUACCCCAUAUACGAUAUAAAUACUUACAUUCAUGAAUACGUGUAGAUAUGUAGCUCCAUCAUAUAUUGAUUAUUUCAAUUCCCUUGCGACUCAACACGCCAUUCUUCCAUUAAACUCGUACUUUUAUGCCAUUAUUAGCAUGUGUCUCUUUCAGACACGGCUGCUACGCAAUUAUUUCUGCACAAUUAUAUAAUGCCACCGAGAACUAUUCAGUUACAGUGCAAAAAACGCCUACACACAAAUUCAUGCCAGGGUCGCUGAUUCACCAUUAUUUAUUUCUUCAUCAACGACAUUACACCGUUCCCCAUGCAGUUUCAGUUUUGUACUCUUGGUGCUGUAUAAGUAAGAGAUUUUACUAAUUCAUAUGCCUUAUUUCCCCGAAUGACAUGACACGAUUGCACUUUAUCUGAGUCAUCGUUGCGGAGAAAGUUGUAAUCCACCAACAACCCACACAAUUUUGCAUUCAUAUUGCGAAAAAGCGAGAGAAAGUUUGUGUCCUUGUGCCCAUCGCGUGACGGUUUCGUGGCUCCAACAGUAAAAAACGCCCCACAGAAAUAAAUAACAAUUUUCGUAUUUUGUUGAAGAAAGUUGAAAUUUCUAAAAAUAUGGAACCCUUAUAAACUUGAAAUAUAAUUAAUAUAAGUGUAUCCUAAUACCUGGUUAUAUUUUUGUUGCGAUUUUUAAUUAAGUUUCUUAGAAUUUAGUGACCUGAUUGAGAUUUUCAUUUGUAUAAAAAAAUUCAGAUUUGUGCUAAAUUGUAAAUUUGAAAUUGAGAAAGGACGACAGAGUAAUUAGUUAGGUUUAAUUUUUUAGCGGAAAAUGAUACAUCCUUUGCACGUUAUUCUUCAGCGUCGGCCUUAUCUCUUGGUUCAAUUCUGAUCGUAUUGGGAGUUGUAAAAUAUAAUAAUUUUACUUCAAAAAAGUUUGACACUUCCCGUUUAUGAUGAUACUAUCAUUAUCAAAGAGAUAACUCUGCACUUGAAAGGUAUUGCAUUAGCCUUAUCUAAAUCUACCAGGAUUUCCCAAUCCAACCCAUUAACUGAUUGACAUCAGCGAACUGAGAGUUUUCGGAUUCAAUGUCAUUAUUGUUGACGGGGUAGUUAGGUAGGUAGGAUAUCGAUUGCGUAAUUACAAGAUAAGCAGGAGAUAAUAUAACGCGUGUUCUCCUCUAUUGGAGUAGGAGGGCGGAAGAGACAAAGGAAAACAUAAAAAAAACAUAUAAUCUCCUUGUUGAUAACCAUCAAUCAUCAUGUCUCGCGGAGGUGAAAGUAGCACGGGGAACAGCAACAGCAGUACGACGACGACGAGCAGCAGCAGUGAUGAAAGUGAAUCCUCCUCCUCUGAAGAGUUCUUUGACGCCGAAGAGCCCAACACCGGAACUUUAAUACGAUUUUCGAAAAAGAUUCUCGAAUCUCCUCCAAAUCGGGUAGAUUUGACCACCUUGACACCGGCAGAGAUUGAUUCAUGUUCUUCCGCAAAUGAUCUAUUUUUCGUGACGCCACCACAGUCUAGUAGUAUCAAUAAUUCUGGAACGCUGAAUGCAAGUUCGGUCUCGAUGGCUUCAAUUUUAUCAAGGAGUGAAAUGGAAGAAGAGGCAGAGGAUGAACGACGCAGGAAGCGCCUCGAAGAAGCAAGAAGAAGACUGAAUAACGAUGAAGUCGAAGGGGAUGAACAAACUAGUCCUUCAGAUAGUCAGACAUCAAGUGUCGAAGGAUUAUAUGGAGCUAUUUCUGGAAAAAAUUCACACCCCUUCAAGGUUGUGGAUCAUGACAAUGUCAGUCUACAGUCUGGCGUAUCUAGUGGUCGUGUUGGCCGGCCGGGAACCACGUCAUCGGUCAUGGCAGUAAAUAACUUUGGUUAUUCUACUUCAAUAAACAACAACUCUUCUUACCACCUGCCACCACAACAACCUUAUAUUCCAAGCAGUCCAUCAAUUUCUGCGUCCAGUUCCCCUUCUAGCAAUUCGAACUCCAAUACAUUUCUUGCAACUAUACAACAAUCCUUACCGAAUAGCCAACUCAAUAAUGCAUCGUCUUCGUCUGAUAAUAGUGUACACCAAGUGCCUUUAUCGCAAAAUAGUAGUAGCCACGGUUUCGUAUUUUCUGGUAAUACAACCGCUAGUGAAACUUCAAAAGUUGGUAAUGGAAAUCUGACAAGGAGUGGUAACUCUAAUCCAAAGAAUUACAAUAACGCACUUCCUCUUCUUACAAUGGCGAUGGCCCCAGAACCAGAUCUAGUUGCAAGUUGUUUGGCAAAAGAGAAAGUUUCAUCCGAAUUAGGUGACAGUGGUGCUGCUGGCGAGUCUCCAGUAGUACGACAACUUCAAACAAUGCCAGCCCCUGUAGCACCCCCAAGAAGAAAACGAAGAGGUAUCGGUGCACUGGGAAAGACACAGUCGGAAGACGGAGACGACAGUAGUAGCCGUGACGUAACUCCUUUAAGAGAAAGUCCUCCAUCCCCUUUCCCACCUCCCACUGAAGUAAAUAAUUUUCCUCCACCCCGACCUACUUCUUCCUCGUCGCGACAAAAUUCCAGCGCUGUAAUGUCACCGAAAAACCCGCCUAGUCCAACAGUGAGUAUCAGAUCAGUAUGUCGAGAAUUAGACAAAACUUUGGAGACCGCACAGCGAAUAUAUGUCGUGAAAGCGCAGGAUGAAGAGAAAACUCGUGCCAAGAACUCUGGUCCUAGAGCCCUGCGUCGUACUGAGUCACUGCCCAAAGAUGUUAUUGCCGCUUUUGACCAAUCCGGAAGUCAUCGUGAUAAGACUCUAACAAAUGUGGUGGUGGUCAAUACAUCGACGUCAAAUAUAAAUUCGGCCUCCGCCGUGGUCCCCAACUCUGGAGUAGAAGUAGAAAAGGUGGAGACUGCUCCAUCCUCCCAACAAGAUAAGAAGAAGCCAAACGAUAAACGCCACAGCUUGUCAUCUUCGGAGAAAAGUCUAAAAAUCGGAGCAACUCACAGUCGAAGUAAUUCUGCACCAAAGUCAGGCUCAAUUAAGCUAUCUUCUCUGGUAUCGGCCCUCGCUGCGAGGGAAGAACGGAAAGAAAUGGAUGGUGCUGGAGGUCUCGCACAAUUUAAUAUGAUCAGAACAAGGACAGAUUCUGGAAAGUUAUUAUCAGAUAUCGAAAUAUUGGAACAAGUGGAGCGGCCAAAGUCGUUGGAUUUACACUUUCAUCCGGUUCUUAAUCUGGACACUGGAGAGCGAGUCCCAUUGUCCAUUGCGGAAGACAAAAUUCCUCAAUGCAUUAACCCAUUGUCCUUGCAUAUCAUGAGGUUGACUUCAGAAUACGUCGGGCAGCGAAGCAGUAGUAAUGAUCGAGAUUCGGAUGAAGAGUCUCUGGACUCGAAAAAAUCAUCGGCUGCAUCUCAAGACGAUGCUGAAACCUCUGGAGUUAAAAAGAAGACUGCACAAGUCCGACGAUUUUUGGGGUCUACGGUGAAGAAAACUGUGAACAAGGCAAAGUCAUUGGCACAACGGCGCCACGUCAAAGAGGAUGUCGACAUUAGCACAAACGAAGAUAUUCUGGGACAGGAUCCUUUAUUGAAAAUGAAAGCGUCCCAUAGUCAUAAAGGACCUUACGACUUUGAUCAUUUACAACAAGUACAAGAACUCUUUGGUGAACAUGUUGGUCCCGUUUGGUGCAUGAAAUUUUCCAAUUGUGGUCGUCUCCUUGCUACCGCAGGACAAGAUAAAGUAAUUCGCAUCUGGGUGUUGAAGGAUCAUCUCCCAUAUUUUCAAGAUAUGCGCACAAAAAAUACGACUGAUAAAGUUUCCCCUACUCCAAGUCAAGAAUCUAUCGUUUCUCAACAUUCUCAUCAUUCAGCAGAGGAAAUGUUACAAGCAUGUGAAAACAGUGAUCCUCGCUCUCCAUUUGUUCCACGACCUUUAUGUACGUACUCUGGUCAUACAGCAGAUUUGCUCGACAUUGCCUGGUCUAAAUCGUUCUUUGUACUCUCUUCAUCAAUGGACCGCACCGUUAGACUGUGGCAUAUCUCACGCCGAGAAUGUCUUUGUUGUUUUCAACAUAUUGAUUUCGUCACGGCAAUUGCAUUUCAUCCACGGGAUGAUAGAUAUUUUCUAAGUGGAUCUUUGGAUGGAAAACUUCGAUUGUGGAAUAUCCCUGAUAAGAAGGUUGCAUUGUGGAACGAAGUCAACGGUCCAAACAACUUGAUCACGGCAGCUAACUUUUGUCAAAAUGGAAAAUUUGCUGUGGUCGGAACAUACGAUGGGCGGUGCAUUUUCUAUCACACCGAGCAGCUCAAAUAUCACACUCAAAUAAUUGUCCAUAGACGUAAGCGAAUGACUGGAAGAAAAAUUACUGGAAUUGAGCCGAUGCCAGGCGAAGAUAAAAUACUCGUCACUUCAAAUGACUCUCGAAUUAGACUUUACGACUUGCGAGAUUUGAGUUUAACUUGUAAAUACCGUGGUUUCACAAACUCGUCCAGUCAAAUCAAGGGAACGGUUAGCCAUGACGGAAAAUAUAUUGUCAGUGGGAGCGAAAAUCAAUGCGUUUAUAUUUGGAGGACUAAUCACGACUACUCCAAAUUCUCCUCAGCCAGAAGGGAUCGGAAUGGAUAUUGGGAGGGCAUCAAAGCACAUAACGCUGUCGUUACAUCGGCCGCUUUCGCUCCUGACCCAGACAUCAUUGUAAAACAGAUCGAAAAACUAGAGGAGCAACCUUCAUCGUCGUCUGAGUCAGAAAAGAAGCAACAGGGUGCAAUGGUGAAAUCUCCUUCCUUGACGAAAUCUUAUUCGCACCAGCAGCACAGCAGUCCCUCCUCUCCUGCAGGAUAUGUUCUAGUCAGCGCUGAUUUUUCCGGUUGCAUAAAAGUAUUUUUUAGCAAAGUAAAGCCAAAACAUAGUUCAUUACCCGCAUCGGCUUUAAUAUAGAGAGAUGAAGAAUCAAACAUUUAAAAAAUCAGUCAGUUGUUCAAAAAGACUAUACAAGAACGUACUAUAAAUCUGAAACUACUACUAUAGUUUUAAGUGAAACUUAUUGUUGUAGAUAGCCCUUAUUUACACCAACAAGUGUUGUAAAGACUAGACAAAUGAUGGAGAAAGGUCAAAAUGAGAUUAAUUUACAUUUUGCGACAUUCAUUAUUACUAUAUAGACGAACUGAAUCUUCCAUGACUUUUUUUAUUGUUUUGAAUUUCAAGAGUAUAAAAAUCACUUGAUAUAGUCAUCAUUCACAAUAUGCGUUCUAGGAAAUUGUGUAUCAAAUCUAUUAUUUAUUAUUGUAAAGUACAAGUUAUAGAAAGCAAUUCAUAUUGUGAUAUAGCCCCUCAAGUUUGUUGUUUAAGAGAGACACACGUGAACGCUUUCUCUUCCGUACAAUAAUGAGCAACCAUUAUUAUCAAUUAUCGAUUAUGACAAAACAUAAUCAAAAUUAUAUGUCAAUUCAAUUUAUGUGAAUUGUGAAUGUCACAAACCUUUUUGUUUUUGAACUAGAAGAAAAAGAAUGACGGAUAGUACUAAAUUACAAGAAAACAAACGCGAUACGUUAUUUAUAGCAUGCAGGACACAAUUUGAAAAUGAAAGACUAAAAGAUAACUAAAGUUUCUUUCAGCAACGAUAAUCGUGAAUACGCAUAUUUGUACACGUAUGUAUCAAUAUAUUGUUAAUCACUGAGAAAUGAGAAGAGAUUAUAAUACUGUGUGAAGCCAAAUUAAUACAAUCAAAUAAUAGCCAACUGAAAAUGAUUCGAUUAGAUACGACAAAUUCGCAAUAAAAAUCGCUUAAUUUUGAACGAAA